AAAUCCGACCACUAGUGCAGGCGAAAUGAAUGCAGAAGUGAAUGAUACUUGGUUCGGAAGCAAAGGCACUUCAUGGACGCCAGGGCAGAAUUUCUCAUACCCAUUUUAUUGGGUAGUGACCAAUCAGAAUGGUCUGGACAAUGGCACUUACACCACAAAUCCAACGUUCCUGGCUAUUCAAACUACAUAUGCAGAUGCUGUUGUUUCGUCUAUGCAAUCGUCGUCAUCUGCUGCCGCCGCGUCGUCAUCUGCCGCCGCCGCAUCGUCAUCUGCGGCUGCUCUGUCAUCAGCGUCUUUAUCACAUGCAUCUGGGACAUCGUCGCUUCCAUCGGGAAAUGUUCAGUCAAACAACUCAAGUCCACCUUUUCCUCAUUGGGCAAUAGCAGUCAUCGUGGUACUCGGAUUUCUCGCCAUCGUAGCUGGCGGUGUCUUGAUUUGGUUAAUCGUGCGCCGUCUACGAAGACGUGGACAGCUCUCGAAUCGAGGGUCCAUAGGUUCCUCGUCUCCGAUGAUGGCCAAUGCCCAGAACUCCAACUCUCCUCAACUACCGUUGUUGGGGGCUGGGAUAGCAGGUGCGGUGGCUGGCCGGACAUCAUCAGAACAGCAUCGGCCUGCAUCGAUCGUAUCUCCGGAUGGUGCAUCCGAUAUCUCACGGGCCCACUCUGCAGGCGACACCGGUCCAUUUUCAGGAGCCGAUGCAGCCAUCAUGGCGGAUGCAUUUAGGAAAGCAUUGCGCAAACCUGAUUUUGCAGGGCCCACUGUUGAGGAGGCCGAGGACCACAGAGAUGAUGCGAUCAUGAGUCGUGAAUUAGCAGAAGAAGGACGAGACAUACGAAGUGUCAGUUCAUCACGGGGAGUUAAAGUGGAAACUCUAAGUGAGACUGGUGAUACAGUGCAAGAUCACUAGGAUUUUUUGUGCGCUUUACUUUACUUUAUUUCACUUUCGACCUCUCAACGUUGAUUGUAUAUUUUUUCGGAUACCUUUCGCAGCCCUCAUAUUGUUGUCCCACCUUCAUCGCC